ACACAGACACGUACACGAACACCAAUACCAACACGUCGAGGGAGUCGAGUUGCAUCCACCCCACCAUGAACCCAUGACCCCCGGAUCGCCUUCCACUGCAGAACCAUGGGCGAUGUCGAGUCGGCGACAGCCAAGCUCGCGGAGCUGCUGCGGCACCCGGAGGACCUCGACAAGAUCCCCGCCCUCAAGGCCGAGUUCACGCGCAAAAAGGCCGCCGUCGACGGGCAGCUGCGCCACGGGCUGAAGGAGCAGCUGGAACUGACGCAGGCGGGCAUGACGAGCAUCACCGACGGCCAGCGCACCGUCAAUCUGAUCAAGGACGAGAUGAUGAAGAUCGACAAGCUGUGCGCAGAGGCCCAGAACAUGAUCCAGGACUUCCCCCACAUCAACCUCGUCGCCCAGACGCACAAGAACUUCGAGUCGGUCGAGAAGAUGCGCUAUGACAUCCAGUCUUUUGAGGACCGUCUGGAGAAGCUCGAGUUCCUCCUCGCACGCGACGACGAGGACCCGGCUAACCAGCCCAACCUGCUGCAUAUUCACCAUGGUCUUACUCAGUUGCGGGAUAUUCGCGACGAGGCUAUGCGCCAGAUCAAGACGACCGCCGAUGCCUCCACCGAGCUCAUCGACAACUUGACCCUUGAGAAUGGCGUCACAGUCCAGGACCUGUUUGUGCGCCUGGACGACGUUGUGGAGUGGUUCGACAAGCACAUUGGCGAGGCGUGCAUAAACUUGAUCGAGCUGGUCCAGUCGGGCAACGAGGGGCUAGUCGUCAGGCUGGCAAUCAUCGUCGAGGAGGAGGAGAAGACGGACAAGAAAGUCCAGGCCCUACAAGACGCCCAACGCGAGUACAAAGACCUCGCCUCGCGCUUCCAGUCCAUUUCUGCCGGACCCAAGGAACGGCGCGGCUACAAGGACAAGUUCAUCCAGGCAAUUGAAUACGUCUGCGCAGCGAACAUGGAUGAGGCGAGGGAGAAGUUUGACGAGGACCCGGAGAAGAUCGAAAAGUACUUCAAGUGGUUCUUCAACAACCUCAACACUGUCAAGCUGGGCAUGGUUGGUCUGAUGCCUAAGAAGUGGAAGAUCUUCCAGACGUACACCAACAUCUAUCACCGGCAGAUGCACGACUUCCUCAUGAAGCUGGCCGAAGACGAAGCUCUGGGGCCGCAGUACCUCCUCGCCGUCAUCAACUGGGUGGACAAAUACUACCUGAAGAUGAAGAAACUGGGCUUUCCAGAAGAAGAGCUGGAGCCCCAUGUCAUCGACAACCGCGGUCCUGAACUGAUCCGCACCUACCGCCAGGUCAUCAUCAACGCCGUCGACCAGUACAUGGAGCGCAUCAACUCGCAAGACAGGAAAGCCUUCCAAGACCAAGACAAGAACGCUUAUGAGAUUAAUCCAGACGGCAUCUUCCAGACGAAGUCACUCGGCGACGUAUGGACAAUGCUAAGUCAGAACCUCUCCGUAGCAGCCAGCAGCGAGCGCGCCGACGUAGCCGAGGGCGUAGUAGACGCCAUGUUCCGCGCCCUGAUAUCCCGUCAACGCGGGUGGACGCAGCUCAUCGACGACGAAAAGGCCAGAUACACAGGCCCCAACCCGACGCAAUCCGAAGACGGCGUAGCCGUCUUCCAAGAAUGGCUCAUCGCCAUCGCAAACGACCAGAUAAUCUGCAUCGACGACGAAGACUUCCACGGACGCGCCUCCUUCGUCGCCGUCUUCGCCCGCGAAGUCGAACCCCUCGUCUCCCCCGCCUACCUCGCCGACCGCUACAAAUCCCAGACCGAGGAGCUGCAAAACGGAUACAUCGACAUCUCGUCGCACUGCAUUAAAGUCUUCUGCGAGCUCAUCUUCAUCGUGGACUUCAAAACCAUCCUGCCCGUUUUCUUCACGCCCGAUUGGUACAAGCGCACGGAUAUGGCGAGUAUUAUAACGACUUUCAAAGACUACCUCGGCGACUUUGAGGACCAGAUUCAUCGCACUCUCCGCGAUAUCCUCAUCGACUCCCUCGCUGACGAACUCCUCGUCCAGUACCUCUCCGCUGUGCGCAAUAAAUCGGCUAAGUUCAGGCGCGCGGAUCCGUUUGAUGGCAAGCUGCGCGACGAUCUUAUCCCUGUUUUUGAGUUCUUCAAGGCGUAUGGGGACCAGGGGCGUGAUAUCGUGCAGCGAUGGCGCGUGGUGGAGUCGUUCCUCAAUCUUAUUCAGAUGGAGAAGGCGCAGGUGCCGUUUGUGUAUGAGGAGUUUAAGGAGGCGUAUCGUGAUUUGCAUAUUGGGUGGGUGGAGGCCGUACUGAGGUCUAGGGAUGAUUUUGAGAGGAGCAUGUUGAAUGCGGUUAAGGCGAAGGCGGCGCUGAGUGCGGGUGAGGGGGGGAUGGAGGCAGGGACUAUUAUGGGGAGGGUGAAGUAGGGUGUGUUUCUGGGUAAAGCUUGGUGUUUGGGCGUUGUGAAUGGGGUAGAUUUGGGAAGAUUUUGUGGCUUGUGACUAAGGAGGAGCAGGGCCCUCUUGUUAGCUGAUUAUGUGUGUAGAGCGUUGGGUUACUGCAAUGCCAAAUCAGUUCACCAACCAAACCCUCUCAUCUUCGCGAUACAUAUUGCCCGCCGCAAGAUCUACGUCAGUAAGUAGACGGGACGAAUAUCAACAAACGUACACGCGAUUAAGCCUGCUAAACACCAAGACAUGCUUUACUUUAGAGUGCUAGCGCAGCGAAGUAUCGACUUAUUCUCCAUCACUCAAAGAUCAAUACACAAACAUCACUGAGCUAAUUCACCAACAGAAUAGAAUAAAAACACCGAAUAUCUUCA